CGAGAUUCGCUUAGUAAGAAAAAAACAUAGGUUUCAUUUCCUCCCUCUCUCAGUCUUACUGUGGAAUCCUUCAAAUCUUCAACAAUGGAGAAUUCCCAAUACAAAACCCUCGAAAUCGUCCAAAAACCCACAAAUUCCCGUGUCUUCAACUUGUACAUGAAUCGACCAAAAUUUCGAAACGCCUUAUCCCGUGACUUCUUCUCCGAAUUCCCCAGAGCCUUGAGUUCCCUCGACCAAAACCCUGAUGUCGCCGUCAUAAUUCUCUCCGGCAUCGGCGAAAGCUUCUGCUCCGGCAUCGACCUCAAGACCCUAACUUCAAUUGUCGCUGGCCUCCAUGCCGACCGUGGACGCACCAAUGAACGUAUCCGGAGAGAAAUUAAGGCUUUUCAGGAUGCAAUAACGGCUAUCGAGAAGUGUCGGAAACCUGUGAUAGCGGCUAUUCAUGGGGCUUGUGUUGGCGGAGGGGUUGACAUUGCCACGGCCUGUGACAUGAGGUUUUGUACGGAGGACGCCUUUUUUUCGGUGAAAGAGGUUGAUUUAGCUAUCACGGCUGAUCUUGGGACGCUUCAGAGGCUGCCGAGUAUUGUGGGGCAUGGGAAUGCGAUGGAGUUGGCUUUGACGGGUCGGAGAGUAUCGGGUUUGGAGGCAAAGCAAAUGGGUUUGGUUUCUAGCGUUUUUGCUUCUAAGGAGGCUUUGAGCAAUGGCGUAAGUGCUAUUGCUGAGGGUAAGUUGGCCUUGUAUUCUCUCCUUUUUAUACCAAAUUCGUUACUUUUAAUUGAUUGUUUCCAAUUAUGGUAGUCAAUAGUUUUAAAGCAUUGUUGUUUAUUUCAUGGCAAUUUUCCUUCUC